AUGCACAAUCAAGCCCUAGGGCUUCAUUUGCAUAACCGCGGAGGCGCUAGGUCGAAUAAGUUACAAAUUCCUUCGAGAAUAACUCAGACAUACCCUUCGAAAGCCGACAAGUACGUACAGACUGGAAACCGUGUCUAUGAUCAGCCAGGAAAGCAAGAUGAUGAUGAAGAAUAUGAUGAGGAAGACGAAAGUGAAGAAGACGAGGAAGGCGUUGAGUACGAUGAAGCUGGAAAUCGCAUCGUGCCUCCUAGCACAAAGCGAUAUAUCUAUACAGUAUUUGACUGA